UAAACUGUCCACGCAUCGAAUCGUCACGUGGGCAACUCCUUGAGCGCAAACUGUAAUCGAUAGGGAUUGUAAAGUACUCCCACAAACACGGAGCCUUGUUUUGGUUUAGAGCUACUGGAUUUAUUAACAAAGUGGAGAAGAGAACUUUGCACCCACUUCACAUUCAUCGGCUUCGUAUCACGUUGGACUCUAACAUAUUUUGAAAAGAUAAUUGAAUGCACUGGUACAUGUUUUAUUUUUCUGGGUUGCACUUUUGCAAGCAGGGCUAUCGACGGGACAAGCCUGCCUUGGUGGUUACCUAGCAUGCGAAAUGAGGUCAUAUGCUGACGGGGCUUGUUUUGAACUCCGGACUGAAGUGAGUUUUCCCUUAUUUUUGUAGGCGACUUUUUGUCAUCAUAAUGAAAGGACAAAUUAAUAAAGAGUAUGUUAUUUUACGUUCUUAGGGAGAAAAUGUAGCAUACUGCUUAGAAAUUCCACUGCAGCACCAACAGUUUGACAGCACUGUUAUUGGUUUAGCGCCGUUAGUUUAGCUAAUUGAGACGUAUGCCAUAACAAAUUCAUAGUUAAGAUCCACACUAACUCGUUUUCAAUGGCUAUAUUAGGAUCUAAAUACCCUAAUAUUUUUUGCUUUUUUAUUUCAGUAAGAACAGUUGUAUUUUUAAAUACAAGUAGUAUUUAAAAUUCCAAAAUGGCUAGCCCAACCACAGAGCAGCAGGGUUGUUUUUCAGAUGUAAGAAAGGUGGGUUAUUUAAGGAAACCUAAAAGCAUGCACAAGAGGUUUUUUGUCCUGCGGGCUGCUAGUGCUGCAGGACCCUCCAGGUUGGAGUACUACGAAAAUGAAAAAAAAUGGAGACACAAGUCCGGGGUGCCUAAAAGGUCAAUCCUGCUGGAGAGCUGCUUCAACAUAAAUAAAAGGGCAGAUUCCAAAAACAAAUACCUGGUGGCUCUUUACACCAAGGAUGAGUAUUUCUCUAUUGCAGCGGACAGCGAGCAGGAACAAGACAGGUGGCACCAAGCGCUAGUGGACCUACACAACAAAGGUAAAGUUCAUGAUGCUGCUGUUGGUGGCAGUGGGAUGGCAGAGGAGAAUUAUGGAGAAGAAACCAUGCCAGGACCUGCCUUUAAAGAAGUCUGGCAAGUUAUUUUGAAACCAAAGGGCCUGGGACACACCAAAAAUUUUAUUGGGAUUUACAGAUUGUGCCUAACAAAUAAAACCAUCAGCUUUGUGAAAUUGAACUCAGACGCAGCGGCGGUCGUGCUGCAAUUAAUGAAUAUAAGGAGAUGCGGUCAUUCAGAGAAUUUCUUUUUCAUUGAAGUGGGAAGAUCCGCAGUCACAGGACCGGGGGAAUUUUGGAUGCAAGUGGACGACUCUGUUGUUGCUCAAAAUAUGCAUGAAACCAUCCUGGAGGCGAUGAAAGCGAUGAGUGAGGAAUUUCGUCCCCGGAGCAAAAGCCAUUCCUCGUCAAACUGCUCCAACCCAAUCUCUGUGCCUUUGAGAAGGCAUCACCACAACAACCUGCCACCUAGCCAAGUGGGACUGGGAAGGAGUUCCCGGACUGAGAGUGUGACGGCCACCUCGCCUGCUGGCCCGGGAAAGCACAGUCAUUCAUUCAGAGUGAGGGCCUCUAGUGAUGGGGAAGGAACCAUGUCCAGACCAGCCUCAGUGGAUGGGAGCCCCUGUGAAGCCAGGACACAAUCUCACAGACACAGAGGGGCCUCCCGCCUCCACCCUCCCCUCAACCACAGCAGGUCUAUCCCCAUGCCCUCUUCGCGCUGCUCCCCCUCAGCAAUCAGCCCAGUUAGCCUGUCCUCCAGCAGUACGAGUGGGCACGGCUCCACUUCAGACUGUCUCUACCCCUGCCGCUCCAGUGCCUCCAUAUCUGGCUCUCCUAUUGACGGGGGAUUCAUUUCUUCUGAUGAGUAUGGAUCGAGCCCCUGUGACUUCAGGAGUUCCUUCCGCAGUGUCACACCUGACUCCUUGAGUCACACACCGCCCGCCAGGGAGGAAGAACUCAACAACUACAUCUGCAUGGCGAAGCCUGCAACUCUUCUGAGGGGCCACUGUGGCUGCAGCCCCCACCCCCACGGUACGCCAUCCCACCUGGACGAGCCUGAGCUGGAGAAGUGCUUCAGGAAACGGACACACUCCUCGAGCACAUCUCCCCUGACAGUGUGCCACCAGAAGACCCCCCCUCAGUCCUCCACAGUAUCGCUGGAGGAGUACACAGUAAUGCAGCCUGCAUACUCGUCAUGCAGCCGAGCAUCCAGCUACAGGCACUCUGCCUUCAUGCCCACACACUCAUACCCAGAGGAGGGCAUAGACAUCCCCUUAGAGGGCAACAGGGUGAGCAAAAAAGAUGAUGGCUACAUGCCCAUGACCCCAGGUGUGGCACCUGCCACAGGUAAAAGUGCCGACUACAUGCCCAUGAGCCCCAAAAGUGUGUCGGUGCCACAGCGGAUUAACUCUCACCAGCACCCCAAAAUGGACUCCAAUGGGUACAUGAUGAUGUCACCCAGCGGGAGCUGCUCACCAGACACCACAAACUACGGUCAAAUAUGGACCAAUGGGGUCAACCCUAAGCUUUCUGUCGAGAGCACGGAGGAGAAAUUGUUGUCGCCCGGGGAUUACAUGAACAUGUCACCGGCGAGCUGCUCCAUGACUAGCACGCCGCCAGAUUGCUACAUCAACCUGGUAGAGGAUCCACCUAAGUCCAUGUACUCCUACUUUUCCUUGCCUCGCUCUUUUGAACACAGCCACAGGAAGCUGGACCAGAACCCCCUGCACCUUUCGCUCAGCUCUGGACGCCUGCCCUUCGGGGACUCUUUAGCCUCCUCCACGAGCAGCGACAGUCUAAUGGGACAGGGCUACAGUAGUCAGCCCGUGGUCAAGCCCAAGAGAGCUGAUGUGGACAGCAGGCUGGCCAGGCCCACGCGCCUCUCUCUGGAGGGCAACAAAGCCAGCACCCUGCCUCGCACCCAUGAGUGCCCCUUCCCUGCAGAUCCCAAGAGCCCCGGGGAGUAUGUCAACAUAGAGUUCAACGACAAGCCUUUCUCAGCCGGCUUGGCCACUCACUUCUCCCCUGUGUUCCCAGGGAGUGGCCCAGAGGGGCCAGCAGAGAUUUCCUCAGACUACAUGAACAUGCACCUGGGUGCUCAGGGCAGGGGCAUUCCCAGCUGGGCAGCCAAACCCCUAGCCUCCUGCACAGAUGGCUAUGCUAUAGUGGCCCCUGUGGCUCCCUCUGUGAUCCCCUGUGAGAACCUCUGUAGACGGGACUACAGCAGCACACAGACUGACUACUCUGACACACAGAUGAUUCUGAACGCUCCGAUGUCGACCAUUGAUGUCACCCCCUUCUCUGUGUCCCCUCCAAGCCAGGACCUGUCUGUGCUGGGUGCGGGUCCCAGUGCCGUGCCCUUAGGACUAAUGGGCCCUCUCUCUGGGCUGAGUGCUUUCACCAGGGUUAACUCCAGUUUAAUCUGGAACCAGGGAGCUAAAUUGAUCCGCGCCGACCAGCAGGGCCGGCGCCGGCACAGCUCCGAGACCUUCUCCUCCACGGGAGUCCCGGUCAACGCCGCCUCGCCCUCCGUGGAGGGAGUGAAACGUCACAGCUCCGCCUCUUUCGAGAAUGUAUGGCUGAAGCCGGGAGAAUCCCCAUUAUCUGCCAACGGGAGGAGAGAAAGCCCAUCAGAGCCCAGCUCUAACGGACAGAACCAGAACAGGCUGAACUACAUCGACCUGGACCUGGCUCAGGACCAGAACCUACCAGAGUGGAGUUCCCUCUGGGCCAGAGCCAGGGACACGCAAGGUGGUAGUGACCCAGAGGACCUGCGCGCCUAUGCCAGCAUUAGUUUUCAGAAAGCAGACGAGUCGAGGAUGAACCCCGCUCAGAGAGAAGACCCAGACAGCCCAGGAAAGUUGAGGGAGGGAGAGAGACUGUCUGGGUGCACACUGUUCCUGAAUGAAGAUGGGUGCUCUCCAGUGAAUUUAGACUUCCUUGUCAUAGAACAGACCUCAUAGAAUGGAACUCACAGAUUCACAACCAGACCUCACCAGUCAGGCCCCACAAACCAGACGGGACAAAACUAUUACUGGACAUUACAAUCCAGACCUUGUAAUCUGGAUUUCACAAUCCUUACUUCUUCAUCCGGAUUUUGUAAUCCAGACUUCACAGCUUGGACAUUGGACAUUGUAAACCAUUGUAAACCUCACAAUCCAUAACCUGGACCUCACAACCCGGACCUGCAGUGUUGAUGCUGUAACCCAGCUCCUCCUCUUAGCACCGGUAUGGUACUACUCAAUGGUACUCCGCCUCACCGCACCACUUCCUCAGGCAACAAAGCGGCAAACCUGCCCAGUCUCACCUGAGGACUGUCCAGUCUCAAACCUGCCCAGUCCCCCACGUCAUAUUAUUAUUUUUUUUAAUCACUUAUUGGCUUUUUGUUGCUUUUGUUUCUUGUUACGGUCAUUUACAUUUUAUUUACAUUUUGGCCAGUUUGGCUUCCAGGCCAGUGUCCCCACCACACAACUCUGAUGCUUCCACAGCAUCAUACCAAGCCUCCAAAUGGCUACAGUAGUCACUAGGGUUACUUGAACUUUGUCUUCUGUUACAUGCUACUGGGUUCUUCCAUGUCCCUGUCAGCAACAAAUUGUGCUUCAUUCUAGUAGUUUGUAAAUAGGUUCUUUAGAGGAUCCUCUUAAAUAAUGUGUUACAUGUUAUAUAGACACACAAUGUCAAUAGUGUUGUCAUCUAAACAUCCAGUCAGGCAGGAAUAGUCCCAUAUCGGAGCUGUUGGUACUAAUACUGACACGGUAUAACUGUCUAGCUGAAACCCGUAAUGGCUUUCACAGAUCUAAUGGCAGAGCCAACUCUAUGUUGCUGUGGAUUUCUAACAUUGUUAUUUUGUGACGACGGAAAGUUGUCACUGGUACGGCAUUGUUACCAGGUGUAUGUGGUUGGAGCGUAUCAUAUCAACUCGUAGGGCUACAUUGCAACAGUCUCUUCCGUAGAGGCACCUCUGUAAAGGCUUGGAAGCCAGUAAAGUUGCUUUCGACGUUUUCAUUUUAUUUUUCAUUUUAUUUUUGCAGGAAAACAUGGACUGUAAUAGGUUCACACACAAAAAAAAGGGCAUAUUUUCUGUCAUACUUGCUGCUGAAGACUUUAACAAACAAUCUCUGUAAAUUAUUGAAUAUAUAAUGUCAAUUGUUUGUUUUAAAAGUCAAGAUUAUUUAACAUGGUUUAUAUCUGUGCUUUUUGAAUUUUAACUGAAACAUGUCCAAUAUUUUUGUAUUCCUUAUUAAUGGGAAAUCUGCUUCUUUACAUAUAAUCCUAUAUAUUUCUGUCCACCUCAUGGGUUUUUGCUCUGUUGUUGAACAUUUUGAAUGUUGUUAUGUGGAUUCUAGGUACUACCCAUGUUAAACAAGAACCCCCACUCCUCCAAACACACACCAGCACCAUCCCAAUGGGCCUGUUCCUGAGAGCGUUAUACUCCUCUGUUUCUCUGUAAGUCUAUAGGCUACAGCUGUGUUGCUCUGUAAUCCCGUAGGCUGCAAUUGUGUAUUUUUCUAACUGGAUUGGCUGCAGUUGGGUCUAUCUGUAAUCUAAUAGGUUGUGUUUCCUGCGGCCACCGAACUUCACCUGGAUGCUACUUACGUGCAUGUAGUUCCCGAAACACAAUGUAGAAAACAAAUUGUGCUCUAUUGCUCAUGAUGGGGAACAGCGAGACAAGAUGAACCUCAAACCUCGCCACCAACCCUGUCUUCCACUGGAAAUAAUGUAUGGUAAGACAACAGAUGAUAGCAAUAAUAAAUGGAUGGGUUGGAACGACUGAAUAUAACGUCAAUGUGGUGAACAACAUGAGUGAAUGUUAUAUAAGAACUAUCAACUGAACAAUUGAAGAAUGAAUGGAUGUACAAAUUAGUGGAUGAGUAAAUAAACGCAUUAAAGAAUGACAGGGAUAGCAAGAGCACCAAUAUACUGUAGCAUGGGGCUUUGCAUUCUCAUUUACCCCUGUGCCCUUUGUUAGGUUCUGACAGAAUGAAAAAAACUAAACACUACUCAUUGCUCAAACCAAGUUUAUUCACCCACUGGGUCAAACAGCUGAAAAGACAAAAACAUGUUUCUACCAGCACAAGUAUUUAUACCCUCCUAUUAGGCGGAGUCUCCUCUUUGCAGAUCUAGACAGCCAAUACAUCUGUUGCUAGGCAGGAAUUUAGGUGGUGUGUGUUAAAAAAUUGUUCCUUGUCAGUUCUAUUACCUCAGCCCACAUUCCUCACUCCUCCUUAAUGCAAGGCUAUCCAACCUUAUCAAUGACUGAAACUAGACUGUUACCCGUUGGCCCUCUCCAUAGAAUCAAUGAGAUUUAACAAUAGCAUUAAACAUGUAAAGUAGUUCUAGUAGUAUAUGAUGACAUGGUCUAAGAUGUUUCUACAACUUCAUUGGAUUCCGCUUGUGGUAAAUUCAAUUGAUUGGACAUGAUUUGGAAAGGCACGCACCUGYCUAUAUAUGGUUCCACAGUUGACAGUGYAUGUCAGAGCAAAAAYCAAGCCAUGAGGUUGGAGGAAUUGUCCGUUGAGCGCCGAGACAGGAUUGUGCCGAGGCAAAUAUAUGGGGAAGGGUACCAAAAUAUUUAUAAACUUGUAUUGUUAGAUUUAACAAUAACGUUAUACAUGUAAAGUAGUAGUAGUAUAGUAGGGUAAUAAACUUUCUGGAACCUCUGUAAUAAAGUAGAUAUUUUUAUA